GCAGCUGGGGAAGUUUCUCAAGUCGAUACAAAGAAAUAAUAUAUAGAAUGGAUAAUUCUGUUACCGGAUACAGUCAAUGCCUGACUGCUGUCUGUGUUGAAGUAGCGACAUACUAUCAUAAUAUGAUUGUUGAAUGUUUUCAAUCAAGGCUUAUGACAUAUUUGAUUCGUAUGAUCAGAACAUCAGUAAAGCAGGUAAUAAGCAUCGAGCGCUUAUAUUGUACACUACUCGCUCUAAUGCACUCUAAUACAUAUUCAAAUAGCAAAUAUGUUCAAAGGCUUGCUGAAUAUGGCUACCAGUAUAUCUGUGAUGGUCAAGCAACAUGGCACGAGGAUGUUACAGAUAUAACGAUCGCUGAAAGAACUGCCAUAAAUUCUCUCUGUAAAUAUCUUUUGAAAAUAGAAAUGCCUAAGCCAGUUACUGUCAAAAGCUUGGCUGCAUCUCCGGGAUCAUAUAUACCAAUGCUUAGAGAGAUACUUA